AUUAACUUCUUUAAUUAAAGCCCGAACCGCCCGGGCCGGGCCUGGGAUCGCUGGGAUCUGUGAUCAUUCUCCCUUGUAUAUAUUACAAUUUCUCGUUACGUUGUAUUUUAUCAUUAUUAUAAUCUCGCUACUUAGUGUACAAAAUGUCUGAAGACCACAGCCUUAUUAAAUAUUUCCUAAGCGGCGGUUUUGGCGGCAUAUGUACUGUCGUCGCUGGUCAUCCUCUAGAUACGAUAAAAGUCCGCCUACAAACCAUGCCCAUACCAGGCCCAAAUGAAACACUUUUAUAUAAUGGAACAAUAGAUUGUGCUAAAAAGACAAUAGCACGGGAAGGCAUACGUGGUUUAUAUAAAGGAAUGGCCGCGCCCUUGUGCGGUGUGGCUCCGAUAUUCGCUAUAAGUUUCUACGGAUUCGGGCUUGGUAAACAGUUAGUGAGACAAUCCGAUAAUCAAGAGCUGACGCCGCUGCAACUGUUUUACGCUGGUGCGUUCAGCGGGAUCUUCACGACCGUUAUAAUGGCUCCCGGUGAGAGGAUAAAAUGCUUAUUGCAAAUUCAACAAGGGGAUGCGAAGCCGAAAUACAGUGGUCCUAUAGACUGCGCGAAACAACUGUACAGAGAAGGAGGGAUCAGAAGUAUUUACAAGGGCACCUGUGCCACUCUUCUAAGAGAUGUUCCUGCCAGCGGAAUGUAUUUUAUGACGUACGAAUUGUUAAAGAAGUGGAUGUCCACUGAAGACGGUAAAGUAGGGAUAAUUCAAACAAUUGUAGCUGGCGGCUUCGCUGGCAUUGCGAACUGGAUUGUCGGAAUGCCGCCUGAUGUGUUGAAAAGUCGUUUACAAAGCGCCCCAGAAAAUAUGUACAAACGAGGAAUUCGUGAUGUGUGCGUGUGUCUAUUGAAGGAGGAAGGGCCAAAGGCUUUGUACAAAGGAUGCGUACCUGUGAUGCUUCGCGCGUUCCCAGCGAAUGCUGCAUGCUUCCUUGGCUUCGAGGUCGCCAUGAAUUUCCUCAACUGGGCGAUGCCCAACAUGUAAAACUUGUACAUAGUACAUGAAAUACAUAUAUCAAUAACUGAGAGGGUGUCACGUUUAUACCGUCUUAUUUUGAAGCAAUCUCUGUUUCAAUGUAUACAGUACUGAAGAUUUUUUACUAUAAAUUCAAAUAUGAAAGGAAUUCUUUCAUGAUUAUUAACGGAGAAUAUUUCUUUAGGAUAGUAUUAAGUAUCAUAUUCCUAAGGUUUAUAAGACUACGCCUUCUACAAUGAAAGUAUAAUCAUCACAUCCAGUGAAAGUACCAGCUCUAACUAACAUGGACUGUCUUGCAUAAUAUAGACGACUAAAAGAUAUUUGUAUAAUGGCACUUGACAAUGAUCUUUAACAAAUGUCUAUCAUACUGCAAAUGGAUUUUCUCCCAAUUUAAAGUUCGUGCUGUUAUACAAGUUAAAAAUUUAAAAAUAGCUUGUAACAAACAAUAUUAUGUCAGAGAGAAAAAUUUUCUCUCCGAUUAUAUCUUUGUAUUACUUUUUUUUAUUGUUGAAUCUCUAUUUUGUAACUCCAUAUAUUUUUUAUAGCAGCAAAUAAAAACCGAUAUUGAA